CAGCUGCGUAGCUCGUCAACACCACCGCCCCACCCCCACCAUCACCACCGCAAUCAACUCACCCACCCACCCUCACAUCGUCCAUAUCAUAUCUGCAAACUGCCACGCCACACACACACACACGCCGAAACGCCCCAGGCUUACCCCUGGCUAUAUAGAAAAACAAAUAAGAGAGAUACACAUACCACACCUGCCAUUAUGUCCCAGGACAGCAACAACACAAAUCUCUUCAGCGCGUUCAAGCGGCCACGAGAAGUAUAUAGCCUUCCCACCAUCGCCAUAGUCCCACAAGGACCGGCCCAUUGCUUACCCUCGCUCGCAAUAGACCAUGAGCGGCUUCGACAGAAACAUGUACGGCGGCAGCGGUCUUCCCCAGCCCGCAUCAGCAAUGAAGCGGCCCGGAUCCGGCGCGGGAACGCGACAAUCGAUGGCUCCCGUCGCCAGCUCUCGGAUGUCCAUGGCGCCUCCCCGGUCCGGCGGCGGCUCCGGCUCUGGUGCAGGAAUGAUGCGCUCGUCGAUGGGUGGGAACCUAGCCGAAUCCGCAGGCGCGAUGUCAACCGUGAAGCGAAACUCUGUGCGAAAGUCGUUUGCGCCCGGCUCGCAGCCACCGCCAUCUACCACGCGGCGAAGCAGCGCGUAUAACCGGCCGUCUAUGGGAGGAAGCAUGGGACAGAGUUUCUUUACGACUACCAAUAAGAGUGUGCAGAAGGAUCCACGGCCGCUGAAGAAUGCGCAGUUCAAGCAGAAAAUGCAAAGUGAUGUCAUGGAGUAUUUGCUCGAAAAUGGAUUCGAGAUGGAUAUGAAGCAUCAAUUGGCGCAACAUGCAUUGCAGAGCCCUACACAGAAGGAUUUCUACAUGAUCUUCCAGUGGCUGUAUAUGCGCCUCGAUCAGAAUUACGUGUUCAGCUCCGGGAAACCAGAGACGGAGGUGUUGCCGCUGCUCACAAAUCUGAAAUAUCCAUACGCUGCGACCAUAACCAGAACGCAACUUACCGCCGUCGGCUCACAAAAUACCUGGCCGGCGAUGCUGGGAAUGCUGCACUGGUUGAUGGAGCUUGCGAAGGUGACGGACCGGUACCAGUCAGGCUACUACGACGAGUUCGCCGAGGAAGAGGGCUACCCGAUCGGCACCGAUAGGAUUGUAUUCAAGUACAUCGCGAAGUGCUACAACGCAUGGCUGAGCGAGAUCGAUGACCACGAGGAGUUCGAACGCGAGAUGGUAGAGGCCUUCGAUGAGCGCGAUGCCGGAUAUCUGGACGAGCUCGAGCGUCUCCAAGAAGUGAACAAACAACACAAGGAGGAGCUCGCAGAACUCGAGGUGUCGAUGCAGCCGCUCAAGAAGGCGAAAGAAGAGCGACAUGUGCUCGAAGGCGACCUACUCCGAUUCGGCGAGUACGUGGAAAAACUCGAAAUUAAGAUGAAAAGACACGAAGAACACAUCCACAAGAUCAAGGAAGAAGUCGAAGUUUCCAAACAGGACCUUCUCGAGUCUGAAAAGCUUAAGGCAUCCCUACAACAGCAAGUGGAUGCCCAGGGCCUCACGCCACAGGAUAUUGACCGGAUGAACACCGAGCGCGGCAAACUCAACCAAGGCCUCCAACAGGUCAAGGCAAAGUCCGACGAGGUCCAGCAAAAGCUCGAGGAGCAGGAGCAAAACGCCCAGAACAAGCUCGAGCAGUUGGAACGCGCCGUCUCCCGUUUCAACCAGCUCGCCUACCAGAUUGGCCUCACUCCUGCCACCGCCCCUCGCGCCAAAGGAAAGGAAUUCGAACUCGCCAUCCUACCGCUACAAGACCUCGAUGGGGACGGAAAACUUCUUCUCGACCAGCGCACCGGUUACCUCCCCAGCCAGGUUCUCGGGAGGGACCUCCGUCACGAUAUCAAGCCGUUUCUUGAGAACCUACGACAGGAGACUGGUGUCGAUAUCCACAACAUCAUGGACGAUUCCAUCAAGCACUCCGAGUACAUUGACCGCAUCGCCGAAGCAUUGGCCGAUAAGCGUGACGAACUCGAGACGCUGUCGGUCAAGGUGCAGUCGGCCAACAAUGAGUACCAGGAGCUUAAGGAAACAAUGCAAGAGGAAAUCAACAUGUCCAACGCCGAAAUGGAGAAACAAGCUGCGGGCCUGAAGCAGAUGCGCGUAGGGAUGAACAAGGGCCUCCUAGAAGCAGAGCAGAAGUUCCAACGCACAGGAAUCGAAUACGAUGAGCUCAUCCAAGCGUUCACUCACCAGCGCGAAAAGCUACACGGCGAGACCCGAAAAAUCGUCGACGAAACCAUCGACUUCAAGGUGUACAUCCAGAAGCAGCUAGAGGACUUCGAGUUACUGGCCGAAAAGGCGGUUGCCGAAGAUGGGCAGGUGGAGCUGUAGCUGUAGCUGUGAAACGAUUUUUAUACGGUUUAUGGAGUUUUUUUUUCUUUUCGACGGAUUCUUUGUCUUUUGGCUUGUCUUGCAAGGUUUCUUGGUUUCAUUAACGAUGACGAUGCGGGGCGUAAUAAUACCUUUUCUCUUGGAAUACUGAUACCGAACUGGCGUAUUCAUUGAGAUGACCGAUUUUUGGGGGGUCUUGGAAGAUCACCGAGUGAUCCGUUGAGUUGGGAAACGGGAUCGUCAUCGCUCGUGAACAAGUGGGAGAAAUUCCGGAUCUGGAGGGGGG